AGAAGCGUCCAGAAGGCAGAGAGACACUAUAUAAAGUUGGACGGAGGAGUAGUCGGACAUCCAAAGCAAAGCUUUAAUCCCAACAGCGAUCCAAGACGGGCGAAGAGACAGAGCAAGGGCUCUUUUCUACACGGAACACUUAACAAUAACAACAACAACUAACAGCUAUCCUCAGCAAGAUGUCUGCUGCUAAGGGUGUAGCGGUCGGUAUUGACCUGGGCACCACCUACUCCUGCGUGGGGGUGUUCCAGCACGGCAAAGUGGAGAUCAUCGCCAACGACCAGGGCAACCGGACCACCCCGAGCUACGUGGCGUUCACAGACACGGAGAGACUCAUCGGAGACGCAGCCAAGAACCAGGUGGCCAUGAACCCCACCAACACCGUGUUCGACGCCAAGCGCCUGAUUGGCCGAAAGUUUGACGAUGCGGUGGUGCAGGCGGACAUGAAGCAUUGGCCAUUCACGGUGCUGAGCGACGCGGGGAAGCCCAAAAUCCAGGUGGAGCACAAGGGGGAGAACAAGUCCUUCUACCCUGAGGAGGUGUCUUCCAUGGUCCUGGUGAAGAUGAAGGAGAUUGCCGAAGCCUACCUGGGCCAGAAGGUGUCGAACGCAGUCAUCACGGUUCCAGCUUACUUCAACGACUCCCAGCGUCAGGCCACCAAGGACUCAGGAGUGAUCGCCGGCCUCAACGUCCUGAGGAUCAUCAACGAGCCCACGGCGGCCGCCAUUGCCUACGGUCUGGACAAAGGCAAGAGCAGCGAGCGCAACGUCCUGAUCUUUGACCUGGGCGGAGGCACCUUCGACGUCUCCAUCCUGACCAUCGAAGACGGCAUCUUUGAGGUGAAGUCCACGGCCGGAGACACUCAUCUGGGUGGAGAGGACUUUGACAACCGCUUGGUCAACCACUUUGUGGAGGAGUUCAAGAGAAAGUUCAAGAAGGACAUCAGCCAGAACAAGAGGGCUUUGAGGAGGCUGCGCACGGCUUGUGAGCGAGCCAAGAGAACCCUGUCGUCCAGCUCCCAGGCCAGCAUCGAGAUCGAUUCUCUGCACGAGGGCACCGACUUCUACACCUCCGUUACCAGGGCACGCUUCGAGGAGUUGUGCUCAGACCUCUUCAGGGGAACCCUGGAACCUGUGGAGAAAGCCCUGAGGGACGCCAAGAUGGACAAGGGCCAGGUCCACGACAUCGUCCUGGUGGGAGGCUCCACGCGAAUCCCCAAGAUCCAGAAACUCCUGCAGGACUUAUUCAACGGCAGGGAGCUCAACAAGAGCAUCAACCCAGACGAGGCUGUGGCUUACGGCGCCGCGGUGCAGGCCGCCAUUCUCAGCGGCGACACGUCGGCGAACGUCCAGGACCUGCUGCUCCUGGACGUGGCGCCCCUUUCCCUGGGCAUCGAGACGGCCGGAGGAGUCAUGACGCCCCUGAUCAAACGGAACACCACCAUCCCCACCAAACAGACUCAGACCUUCAGCACAUACGCCGACAACCAGCCGGGGGUCCUGAUCCAGGUCUUGGAAGGAGAGAGAGCCAUGACCAAGGACAACAACCUGCUGGGCAAGUUUGAGCUGUCGGGAAUCCCGCCCGCUCCGAGAGGGGUACCUCAGAUCGAGGUGACCUUCGACAUCGACGCAGACGGCAUUCUGAACGUGUCUGCUGUGGACAAGAGCACGGGCAAACAGAACCAGAUCACCAUCACCAACGACAAGGGCCGCCUGAGCAAGGAAGACAUCGAGAGGAUGGUGCAGGAAGCAGACCAAUACAAGGUAGAAGACGAGCAACAGAGGGAGAACAUAGCGGCCAAGAACGCCCUGGAGUCCUACGCCUUCAACAUGAAGAGCAGCCUGCGGGAGGACAACCUGAAGGACAGAGUGAGUGAGGAGGACAGGAAGGAGGUGGAGGAGAAGUGUGAGCAGGCCAUCCUCUGGCUGGAGAACAACCAGCUAGCGGAGAAAGAGGAGUACCAACACCAGCUGAAGGAGUUGGAGAAGCUGUGUAGCCCCAUCAUCUCCAGACUGUACCAGGGGGGAGUGCCAGCAGGCAGCUGUGGAGAGCAGGCCAGAGCUGGCUCCCAGGGGCCCACCAUCGAGGAGGUGGACUGAAGCAGACUGUUGGACUGAAUGGAAUAUGAUCAAUAUAACUGUUAUGGUUUAAAAGGGUAUUUCUUUACAAUGCUAUAUGAUGGCUAAGCACUUUGGCCAAAUGUUCACAUGUGAUGUAAAUAUGUUCAUGCAAGGCCAAAUCAAUUACUGUUUAACGUUUUCCAUAUUAUUGUUGCGAUUUACAUGGAAUAUUUUAUAUGUAUAUAUAUAUAACAUUGUUUAUGUGUCUUUAAUUAUCUGAUGUAAUAAAAGUAUUUUCAGAUGCUUGCAGAAAUAGGUCUUAUAUGUAUAGAAACUGCGGAUUUGAAUCUGCCGAGAUCGUUGGGAAGAAGAAAUGUAAAUUGAAUGUUUUGAACUGAAAUAAAAUACAAUCUUGUAAAUUCA